CCGGGCCCUGGGGUCUUUUUCACAAGAGCACCAGUACCAUUCAGGAGGACUCCGCCCUCACGACCUAAUUCCCUUCCGAAGGCCCCACCUCCAAGUACCAUCACACAGGGGCAGGGGCAGGGGAGGGGGUAAGUCUCAACGUUUGCGUUUGCUGGGGACGCAUUCAGUCCACAGCGGCCUUGUCCACGGCGAGUCCCCAGCACUUAGCACAUAGUAGGAUUCCUGGAUGCCGGCGAAUGGCAUUCCCCGGGCGACCAGCCACCCGUGGCACGAACAGUCAUUCUCCGCUGCUGUGUUGCAGGCUUUCGCCAACCCCGAGGACGCCCUGAGACACGGAGGCCCCCAGUACUGCCGGAGCGACCCGGAUGUGGAUCGCUGCCUCAGAGCGCACCGGAACGACAUGGAGACCAUCUACCCGUUCCUGUUCCUGGGCUUUGUCUACUCCCUCCUGGAGCCCAGCCCGUGGGUGGCGCACACGCACUUCCUGCUGGUGUUCCUGGGCCGCGUGGUGCACACCGUGGCCUACCUGGGGAAGCUGCGGGCGCCCAUCCGCUCGCUGGCCUACACCGUGGCGCAGCUCCCCUGCGCCUCCAUGGCCCUGCAGAUCGUCUGGGAGGCAGCCCGCCACCUGUGACCGCAGCUGACACCUCGGCUGCCGUGCCCCUGGCUGCCACCCACCCGCCCACGGGGGCUGUACUCUGGGAACUGGAUGUCCCUUCAAGAUUGGGAUGGGCCCCCGGGCCUGGUUUCCUGGCCACCUGCUGAGCGUGGGCUCCUGCCCAGCUUGCCUGUGUGUGUACUUACGUGUGCAAACGUGCCCCUUGGAUGCCUGGGUGAAGCUGCCAGUUGGAGCCGUUUGGAGACAGGUUGUCAGGAUUGAUAGACAGCCCAUCCCUCCGCUCGAAUGGCAGACGGAAAACAUCACUCCCUCUCCUCCGCCCUUAGGACAGGGAGAGAGUGGGGACAGUUCAGGCUCCUAAACCUCUCGACCACCUGGAUCCAGAGGCAAUAAAUGCAGACUUCUCAGACCC